AUGGCUGCCACCGCCGCCGCAACGAUAGCUGGCACGGCUGCUGUUGCGGCCUAUAUCGAUGCCAAGUACCACAUCCGCGCCGACCUCAAAAAGGGCAGCCUUGACAAUGCCGCCGCCGCAGCCCAGAAAUUCAUCGCCGAGCGGCAAGCAUCGAACAAGUUGAUGAUGUACCAUGUGAUAGAGUACUGGGCGAAACAGGACAUCCCAGACCAUAUAUUUCUAGAGUAUCAAGGCAGGAGAUGGACGUACAAGGAAUUCUACCAAGACGUGCAGAGAGUGGGCAAUUGGCUUUUGAAAGAUUUGGGCGUACAACGGCAUGAGAUGGUUGCACUUAGUGGACCUAAUAGCGCGGAGUAUUUGCUGCUGCAGUUUGCGGUGGAUGCGGUUGGGGCUUGUCAGAGCUUUAUCAAUCAUAACUUGACUGGGAAUGCGUUGAGUCAUUCGGUGAAGCUCUGUGAGCCUCGCUACAUCCUCGCCGAUAAAGAGACCUUGGAACGACUAGAACCCUGCAGAGCAGAACUGGAACAGAACGGAAUCAAGAUCAGCUAUUACGAUGAAUCACUACUCGCACCUCUAACAGACACCACACCUCUCUCCCCAAAACUCACCGAAGGCUACCAAGCAACGGAUACCAGAUGCCUCAUCUACACAUCCGGCACCACAGGCCUGCCCAAAGGCGUCAUGAUGCUCACUGGUCGAUACGUGAACACCGCGAAGGCUAUGGCCGAAUACCUCCAACUGAAACGAUCCGAUCGAUUCUACACAUGCUUACCCUUAUACCACGGCGCUGCACAGGGACUUUGCACAACACCGGUGAUCUGGGCUGGUGCAUCCAUGCGGUUAGGAAGGAAGUUCAGUCACAAGACUUUUUGGCCCGAGGUUUCUCAGAGCGGAGCCACGCAUUUGCAGUAUGUCGGGGAGCUGUGUAGAUAUCUGGUCAACGCACCGCCUCAUCCGCUGGAGAGGAAACAUAACCUGAAGAUGGCGUGGGGUAAUGGCAUGCGGCCGGAUGUGUGGGAAAAGUUCCGCGAACGCUUCAACAUCCCCAUAAUCAACGAACUCUACGCCGCGACCGACGGCCUCGGCGCAACCUUCAACAAAAACCACGGCCCCUUCAGCCGCAACGCCAUAGGAAUCCGGGGCUUGCUCUGGAACCGCCAGCUCGGCAGCCGCGAAGUCCACGCGCGCAUCGACCCCGACACCGAAGAAAUCGUCAAAGACCCCACGACCGGCUUCGUCGUCCGCUGCGCCCCCAACGAACCCGGCGAAGUCAUCCACAAAGUCGACCCGGCUCUCAAAGAGCAGGUCUUUAAGGGGUACUACAAGAACCCCUCCGCGUCGGAGAAGAGGUGGAUGCGGGAUGUAUUCGAAAAAGGGGAUCUAUGGUUCCGGUCCGGGGACGUCCACCGCACGGAUCUGGACGGGAGGGUCUUCUUCGUGGACCGUCUAGGCGAUACGUUCCGCUGGAAGAGCGAGAAUGUCUCCACGAACGAAGUCGCGGAUGUCCUAGGACAAUUCCCCCAAAUCGCCGAGGCGAACGUCUACGGCGUGGCGGUGCCCAACGCCGACGGACGAUGCGGGUGCGCGACCGUCGUGCUGAAGGAAGGUCUCUCCCCGGAAUCUCUCGACUGCGAAGGGUUAGGCAGGUUUGUGUUGGAGAGAUUGCCGCGGUAUUCGGUGCCGUAUUUUCUGAGGGUCGCGCCGCAGUUGAGUUACACGGGGACGUUUAAGAUUCAAAAGGGGCAGGCGAAGAGGGAGGGCGUGGAUCUGGGGUUGAUUGAGGGGAGUGGGAGUAAGGAUUUGGUGUUUUGGUUGCCGCCGGGGGAGUCGAGGUAUAGGAGGUAUGGGAAGGGGGAUUGGGAGGCGCUGAAGAGUGGGGCGGUGAAGAUGUGA